GCGGACAUAUUGGAUUUAAAGGGACUUGGGAAAAGUUGUUAACUGCUGUAAUUCUGUCAUUGAUUGAUUGUAAUAAUAACGAUAAUCAUCACGCGCGCUGUUGAAUAAACUGUGAGAUACAUGGCAGAUAUGACUUCUACACAAAAGCAAUUACUAUGAUAGAUGUUUACGGUGGCAAUACUGUCACGGUGUGAGCCGGUUGAGCAGCAGCCUUCGGGACGGUAUAGUAGGCGAGGCUGCUUCAUUUCAAAGGUCUCAGAAGGUCUGAACAGCUGCGAGAGCCCAAGCGGUGUCUGUGCCGCUUUCCUGUCGCUGAAGGACUCCGAUCGUGUGGUGCGAUCGACGGCCCAUUCGGAACAUGUCCGUGAUAGUUUACCCACGGGAAGAAAAGCUGGAGAAGCUCUCGCAGGAGGAGAUAAUCUCCAGCACCAAGCAGGUGAUCCAGGGCCUGGAGACGCUGAAGAAUGAGCACAACACCAUCCUGCACAGCCUGCUGGAGGCGAUCACCAGCCUGAAGAAGGAUGAGGAGGCCAAUGUGGUGCAGGAGAAGUCCAGCCUGCUGCACAAGUCGGUGGAGAUGAUCGAACUGGGCUUGGAGGAGGCACAGGUGAUGACGGCGCUGUCAGGCCACCUGAACGCAGUAGAGUCCGAGAAGCAGAAGCUGCGGGCGCAGGUGCGGCGCCUCUGCCAGGAGAACCAAUGGCUACGCGACGAGCUGGCGGCGAGCCAGCAGAAGCUGCAGCACAGCGAGCAGAGCGUGGCCCAGCUGGAGGAGGAGGUGAAGCACCUGGAGUUCAUGAGCCAGCUCAGGAAGUACGACGAGGACGCCUCCCCCUUGGAAGAAAAGGAAGGUGAACCUCAUAAGGAGUGCCUGGAUGAUCUCUUUCCCAGUGAAGCAGAGGAGCACGCUCAUGCAACACAGCACCAGCACAGCAGCACGGCGGCGGCGGCGGCCCAGCAGGGUGGCUAUGAGAUCCCGGCCCGCCUGCGCACCCUCCACAACCUGGUGAUCCAGUACGCCUCGCAGGGCCGCUACGAGGUGGCCGUGCCCCUGUGCAAGCAGGCGCUGGAGGACCUGGAGAAGACCUCCGGCCACGACCACCCCGACGUGGCCACCAUGCUCAACAUCCUGGCGCUGGUGUACCGGGACCAAAACAAGUACAAGGAGGCUGCCCAUCUGCUAAAUGAUGCCUUAUCUAUACGUGAGAAGACUCUGGGCAAAGACCACCCAGCAGUGGCUGCAACACUGAACAACCUGGCUGUGCUGUAUGGGAAGAGGGGCAAGUACAAGGAGGCUGAGCCCCUCUGCAAGAGGGCGCUGGAGAUCCGAGAGAAGGUGCUGGGGAAGGAUCAUCCAGAUGUGGCCAAACAGCUGAACAACCUGGCUUUGUUAUGUCAAAACCAAGGCAAGUAUGGGGAGGUUGAGUGCUACUAUCGCCGAGCCUUGGAAAUCUACGAGCGCAGACUCGGUCCAGACGACCCCAAUGUGGCCAAGACCAAGAACAACCUGGCAUCUUGUUUCCUGAAACAAGGAAAGUACAGGGAGGCUGAGGUCCUCUACAAGGAGAUUCUUACCCGUGCACAUGAGAAGGAGGCUGAUGGUCCUGUAGGACGGUGUGUCCCAACCCACUGUCGGUGUUUCCUCGGACUGGGUUGGGAAAUACAACCACCCCUAAAAACAACUGUGACAAUCCUCAUGGACAUUCCUACAAACUCUUUAUUUGGUGAUAAUUGAUUAAAUGAAAAUGAAAUUUGAUUAGUGCUGACCAAGAACCCCAGCUGAAUCAGAGAGAUGGAGCACGUGACUUCAUACACUAAUGAAUAUGGGAAAUGCAGCCCAAGCUGUGUGGCUUUUCUGCAUGAUGAAAAUAACGUACGCUAAUCUGCAGCUGUGAGUUAUCGUAUGUAUAUAUAUCUGAAGAGUCUGAAGAAGCACAGGCUUUUUUCCACCUUGAUGACAAUUUUUAAUGACGUGCUUAGUCAUUUUUGAGCAAAAUAUUUCACUGAAUUCUAUUAUAAUGUAAUACUGCAUUUGGAGAUCAAGGCUUUCAGGCACCAUCAUGCUGUCUUUCUGUGGUUCAUUAAACUUCCUGAUGGGUUUUUAUUUAUUCCCUGGUAUCUUGUAAGAAUGAAUAAAUAAAUACAAUUUAAACAGUG